AUGUGUGCAAAAGUGAACUUGGAACUUGCCGUGCCUUUUGGAAAUCAUUUAUAUGAUUCUCUGUAUGUAAGUAUACAUUGUUAAUUUUUUAGACAUAUUGUUUUUGCUUAAAAAAACAACUAAUUACAUGUUUUUAUUAUUAAGAACCAAAACCAAAGUUAUAGACACAAAACUGCUCUGGUUUUGCUCAUGAGGUGAAGUGGAUGAAUUUGCCAUUUUGGAACUUCGUUUUACACAAAUGGUGUCAUUAUGCACACGACCCAUUGUUACAUAAAUAAUCCAUAUGAUGUAAUGAAAGAAGUUUCAUUCACAAUUUAAUUAGUUCAUUUAUAAUUCAGUAUAAAACUACAUUAACAUUAUAGGAUUCAAGUGUAACCAAAGGUACUUUUUUACUUCUUAUUUUAAACCUAAUGCAUUCUUAUCACCUUGGUUACAGUAGCCAUUUGGGCUUUUGGCUUUCAGCUUAAUACUACUAAUAUAGCUUUUAUUUGUUAUAGGUUAUGUCAAAUGGAGUUGUUUCUUUCGGUGCACCUGUCCUCCAAAAAGAACCAAGUAUUGCAACAGCAACUGCGCAACAAAUUAAUCUGAUUGCACCAUUUUGGACAAAAAUAAACUCACAAAGAGGCUCCAUUUCUUACAAUGUUUACAAGAGAUGUGGUGAAGAAUUACACAGCUUUAAGUCUGACAGUCAUAAGCAAGUUUUCUCCAGAGCUGCCCAAGACAUUAAGACUUUAUUUCAUCUGGCUGACUUUGAUGUCCAGAUGUUAUUAGUGUUUACAUGGAGAGAUCUUAGUCCAGAAGUCAGUGAGGUAUGUACAAUUUUCUUUAUAUCUGCUCAUGGUUUCAAUACUGUUUCAUUUUAUUUUAUUGAUUAACUAUUUAGAAAGUUAACAUAUUUUUUUUUGAACAAUUAAUUGACAUCCAAGCAGUGCCAAGAAAAUUGACAUAUCCUUAGAGUUAUGGUUUCAACGUUUAUAUAGUUUUGAAUUACAACAUAAGCGUUUUACUUUAUGAUUCCAUUUAAAAAAACAGAAUAUAAUAUGAAGCGUGAAAUUCUGUGCUAAAUGAUUUCAUUUCCUUCUGGUUUAAUGAUUUAAACAUUAUUUAAGUUCGAUUGUUUAGGUUUUAGGAAGUAUUUAAAAAAAAUUCUUGCUUCCAUUUGUUGUAUUUUUACUUAUUUGUUUCUUUUUUAUUGAAAAAUGUCCAAUAUCUCAAAUUGUUAUAAUAUUCUUAUUAUUGACAUUAACCCAGUGUAUUUUAACCGGGGUUUCGAGGAACCUAAGGGUUCCAUGAGUGCUAGCCAGGGUUUCCACCAGUGGCUAAUCCGGCAUUACCUGCACUGAGCUCUAACUAGUUGUUUUUUUAUCCCCCUGGUGUUGCUGUUGUCCUAAUGAGCGUGUAACAUUUGAAAUAAUUUUCACAACACUGUUUUUUUGCACAAACAUGGACCGAUUUAUUAAGAAGAGAAAAUAAGACGAUGUAACAGCUAACGGCCCAAACCAAAACUCGACUGGAGCAGCUGACUGAAGCUACAGCUUUUAUGGCAUCAUAUGAGCCAAAAAUUGCGGUUGUUGAUCCGAAUCUUUAAGUUUGCCAGUAGACUGACAAUUAUUUAGCUAUGGGAUUCACUUAGGCAGGAGACCCAUUUGACAUAGAACAAACCCUUCUGUCAUUGCAUGGAUCUCCAUGAGCUAUCUAAACGCUCCAAAGGAUUCCAUUCUAAUAAAAAGUUUGAAAAACAUUGCAUUAAACAAUCGGGGAUAGAGAAAUUCUACGUAUUAUAAGUACUGGCUAUCAUCACAUAAAUAUAUUUAGUUUUAUAUUCAAAGUAUUAUUAUCUAAAGAUGUCUUAGUUUCUGUAUUGGUUGAGGAGCCAACUUUUGAAAGUCAGUUGCAAGAAUCUCUCAAACAUAAAUAAAUCAAUGACUCAGCCCUGAUUCCACAUGUUUUUUGCUUGUUCUGGAUUCACCAGGUAGCUGUUUCCUAUUCCUGAAUAAUUACAACACUUUGUGUUUGAUUUUACACAAAGAGAGCCCACGAAAUUAAAAAUCUAUUAUUUUUUUUGUGCAACUACUGUAACAAAUUUGAAAAAAAACUUCCUCUUUCUUUGUUAGUUCUGAAGAUGAUGAUCAUUGCAACACUUCUUUAUCUUUGAAAUUUUAUAUCAGAGUUGGGUUUGUGUUAUGCUAUUUUCUCUUGCCUUUAUAGCCAGUUCCUCAUACUAAUUAAGAUUUAAUUCUGAUUACUUAAUUUGUAAUAUAUUUUUAUUUUAAGAUAUUGACAUACUUUAUAUUAACAAUUUUUUUUUUUUAGCCUUUUGAGCUUUUGGUGUUAAAUAUAUAUUACUAUAUUUUAUAAACUUAUUUUUAAACUAUUUUUUUACCAAUCAGGAUUAUUGGAGAAUCACAUUCUGCAUUUCAUAAAUUUGUGGUUUAAUCUGAAUUAAAUUAAUAAAAGAAAAUUGUGUAUUUGCCCAGGAAUUUUGAGUACUUUCACUAAACUUUUGGGGAACUUUAAAAACAGUAAAAAUGAAAAUAUCCAUUGAUUCUACUUCCACUUGAUUAUAUGUAAGAAUGCAAGUUAAAUUAUAUAUUAAUUACACAUUAUAUAAUAAAUACUGAAACAGUUGGAGACUUGCAUUUAUUUUUCUGACUAAAAUAGUUUUUAAAUUUUUUAAAUUUUACUUUUCCCUCAUUUAAAGGGAAAUGAGACAACUUCAUUUCAAAUGAUUUUUGUAUCGGG